AUGCAUUUGCAUGUUUUGGCUGUCCCUAUUUAUCAUCAUUUGAAGAUAUUUGAACCUAAAGGAUUUUAUUUUGAAAAUUCGGAAAAGAAAAUGAAGGGAGAAAAAGCGAUGGAUCUUGAAACUUUUGUUAAACAUACAGAAUCGUCGGAUGAUGAAGAAGAGGGAAAUGAAGAGGAAAAUAAUAAUGAGGAGGAGUGGGGGGAAGGUGAAGGAGAACGGGCAAAAAUUGUUGAAUAUAUAUUUGAGGGUAUUGAAGAUGUUGAACGACGUUAUCAUGUGCUUUUAGUAUUCCCUAUUGGCUCUAAAGAAAUUGAUCAUAUUUUUGUUAAUGGAUAA